AUGGUGACCAAAUUCUACCAGCAUAUCCUAGCCUUGGUCUUUGCUAUUGAUGAGAUCAAUAACAAUCCCAAGAUUUUACCCAACGUUACUCUUGGGUUCCAUAUCUUUGACAGCUACGGUGAUUCAAAGAUGAUUUACCGCACCAUUUUGGACCUGCUCUUCACUUCAUUCCAAAAGUUCAUUCCAAACUACAAAUGUGGUGGACAAAAAAAUGUAAUAGGAGUUAUUGGGGGAUUUGGUUCUGAUACAACCUCCCGCAUGGCAGAUAUCUUGUAUCUUUAUAAGAUUCCACAGCUUGAUUCAUUCCUUAGGAGGAUUUCAUUCAACAAUAGUGCUGGAGAUGAAAUCAUGUUUAAUGAACAUGGAGAAUUGGCAGGUGGAUUUGAUAUUACAAACUUGGUCACUUUUUCUAAUAAUUCCUAUAUCAAGGUCCACGUUGGAAGGCUGGAUCCUCACAAAGGGUUUACUAUUGAUGAGGACAAAAUUGAAUGGGAGAGAGAUUUCACUCAGGUACCACCUCUUUCCCUGUGUAAUGAAAAGUGCCAUCCUGGCUACAGUAAGAAAAAGAAGGAGGGAGAGAAAUUUUGCUGCUAUGAUUGUGCUCCAUGUCCAGAUGGAAUGUUCUCAAACCAGGAGGAUACAGCAAAAUGUUUCAGUUGCCCAGAGGAUCACUAUCCAAACAAAUUCCAGAAUCAAUGCCUUCCUAAAAUUCCAAACUUUCUUGGUUUUGAAGAUUCUUUGGCUAUCAUUGCAAUUUUCUCAGCACUUUUAUUUUCUCUGAUCACAGUUCUGGUGCUAGGCAUCUUCUUGAAGCACCAUGAUACAGCCAUUGUGAAAGCCAACAAUCAAAAUCUCACUUAUCUUCUUCUCAUCUCCCUCCUUUUGUGUUUCCUCUGUCCCUUGCUGUUUAUUGGAAGGCCUAACCAAGCAACUUGCUUUCUUCGCCAGACUACUUUUGGUUUCAUUUUUUCUGUCUCCCUUUCUAGCAUUCUGGCCAAAACGAUUUCUGUAGUCUUGGCUUUCAUGGCUACCAAACCAGGAUCCAGGAUGAGGAAAUGGGUGGGGAAAAGACUGGCCUAUUCCAUUGUGUUCACCUGCUCCAUAUUUCAAGCAGGAAUCUGUGUUCUGUGGCUGGCAUUUUACCCCCCAUUCCUUGAUGUGGAUAUGCACUCAAUGACUGAGGAAGUUAUCAUUUUAUGUAAUGAAGGCUCAGUUACCAUGUUUUAUUGCAUUUUGAGCUACAUGGGUUUUCUGGCUAUUAUCUGUUUCACUGUGGCCUUUCUAGCCAGGAAGUUGCCAGACAGUUUUAAUGAAGCCAAGUUCAUCACAUUUAGCAUGCUGGUGUUUUGCAGUGUUUGGUUGUCAUUCAUCCCAACCUAUUUGUGCACCAAAGGAAAAUACAUGGUGGUUGUGGAGAUCUUCUCCAUAUUGGCCUCCAGCGCUGGGUUAUUCAGUUGCAUCUUUUUCCCUAAAUGCUAUAUUAUUGUGGUAAGACCUGAAUUGAAUAAUCGAGAACAGCUUAUUCAAAGAAAGAUAUAA